AUGCCUGAACCAAUUGCAGUCAUAGGCAGUGGAUGUCGCUUCCCCGGGGGUGUAGAUACCCCCUCAAAGUUUUGGUCGCUCCUUCAUAACCCACCAGACCUCAGCCGCGAGCCGCCGAGCACGCGAUUCAACGGCGACGUCUACUACCACCCCGUCGGCACACACCAUGGCACCACCAAUGCCACAAAAUCGUACUUUCUAGAGGACACGGGAAGAAGCAACGUGGCCCAGUUCGACGCCGGGUUCUUCAGUAUCCAGGCCAGCGAGGCCGAGGCCAUGGACCCGCAGCACCGGAUGCUGCUUGAAGUGGUUUACGACGGACUGUGCGCCGCCGGCCAGCCGAUGGAGAAGUUGCGAGGCUCCGACACAGCUGUAUAUGUGGGUGUCAUGUGCGACGACUAUAAUACCAUGUUGGAGCGCGACUGGGAGACGAUGCCGCGGUACACAGCCACGGGGUUGGCGCGCUCGCUCGCCGCGAACCGCGUGUCGUACUUCUUCGACUGGCACGGCCCGAGCCUGACGAUUGACACAGCAUGCUCUAGCAGUUUGGUAGCACUGGAUCAAGCCGUGCAGGUCCUGCGCAGUGGCAAGUCGGCAGUGGCUGUCGCGGCAGGCACAAGCCUGAUUCUGAGUCCAGGCACGUACAUGACUAUAUCAUUAGGGAAGUGA